AAAAUUGCCGCAACGUCUUGACUUUCCAAACGAAUAACAAUGAACCCUCUUACUAAAGUGAAACUGAUCAAUGAACUGAACGAGAGGGAAGCAGACCUCGGAGUGAAGGAGACAGUAUCUUGGCAUUCGGCUUAUAAAGACAGCGCCUGGAUUUUCGUUGGCGGUUUUCCCUAUGAGCUGACAGAGGGAGACAUCAUCUGUGUUUUCUCCCAGUAUGGCGAGAUUGUCAACAUUAACCUGGUGAGGGACAAAAAGACGGGCAAAUCAAAAGGUUUCUGCUUCAUUUGCUACGAGGAUCAAAGAAGCACCAUCCUCGCUGUGGACAACUUCAACGGGAUCAAGAUUAAAGGAAGGACCAUACGCGUGGACCACGUGUCAAAUUAUCGUCCGCCCAAAGAUUCAGAGGACAUUGACGAUGUCACCAAGCAGCUUCGCGAGAAAGGUUGCGCUCCCAAACUUCCGUCACCCUCCUCCUCCUCCGCAGAGUCUGAGGAAGAGUACGCGAUUCCAGUAAAGAAGCAGAAAAAGGACAAAAAAGAAAAGAAGAAAAAGAAGAAAGAGAAAAAAGAGAAGAAGAAGGCCUCGAAGGAGAGACGGGACGGAGGGGCGGGUUCUUCCCCGUCCCCACCAAUCAGGGUGAAGAAGGAGAAAGAGGACUCUGGGUAUGAAAAGUACUCCCUGCAGGGCGCACAGGAGGACAGACGGCCCAGGGGUGAAAGGUCGGGGCAGGAGGUCCGGAACGCCAAGGACAGAGCCGAGGAAGGGGCGAACAGGGAACGCCACGGAGACGAACGAAUCAGAGAGAGAGAGAAGAACAGAGAGGACGAGAAAAGGCGGGAGAGAAUGACGGACGCUAAGAGGCCGACCAAUCACGACGCGUGGCAGCGAGAAAACAGGGACCGAGAUAGAGAGAAAGAACGGGAAAGAGACAGAGAGAAAGAACGAGAGAGAGAAGUAGACAGAGAAAGAGAGAGAGACAGAGAUAGAGACAGAGAGAGAAACAGAAACAGCGAACUG